AUGUCUUAUGCCGUGAGGAGGGUAGUAGACCCCUCCACUGCACCAAACUCAUCCGGCGAGCCUCUAACGACGGCAACGGUCCUCGACUACAUCUGCCUCUUCACGCACGAUCUCCGACGAAAGCAGAAACGGUGGCAAGAUGGAAAACUUAAAUACCACACGUUCAAUAAGCGUAUUAUGGUCUACGAUGAUAGGGGCAAUUUCAUCGGUGACGCACACUGGCACGGGGGCGGAGGUCUUGAGGAAGGCGAGGAGGUGGAACUUGAUCGUGGCGCUGCAAUCGUCCAAGUAGCUGAUUGUGUGGGAUCGCGCGAGCAAGACUUGACGGAAAUUCUGGAUAAACGCGUGCGAGAGGUCGAGAAGCGAAGGAACUUGGCGGCAGCUAAGACACCAAAGUCGAGUAGAGCUGGAGCUCAACCUCGGCCGCAGGAGCAACCACAUUUUCAAGUCAGUCACCGAUCGUUGAGCUCGAUAGUUCCCAGCCAGGGACCGAUUGGACGGGCCGCUAUAUCGGACCGUUCGCCCUUUGAAGCUCGGAAGGCGGAGGGGGCACCCCCAGCGAAGAAAAGGAGGGUUAGUCCUUCGCCGCCUAGCAAGGCUGGGUUUGCGCAGAGUCUGUUUGGGGCUAGGUUGAAUUUGGGUGGUUCAGGAGCCAUGGCGUCUUUGAAGAUGAGGGCGUUGAAGGAGAGAACGAAUUUGCAAAGGAAGGUGGAUGAAGGGGACAAGGGACAGAGUUCCGAUGGGGAUGAGGAUGUUGUUAUUGUGGAUGAGAGACGGAAGAAGGUGGUGGUGAAGAAAUCGAGGUAUUCUACUGCGCUGAGUGCGGUUUCUACUACCGUCAAUGAUGGACCAAGACCAGUGGUACGACAGAUUUUGACACCUGUUCAUGAUAAGGAUAAGUCGCCUACGGAUUCAACCUCGAAGAGGGUUGAGGAAGCUCAGCCGCUGGAGGAGCGAUCAGUCAUAGUCAAUGGAGACCCAGACAUGACUCUUGAUAACACUCCGGGAUUACAGGCUGCUGCCAAAUUAAGCGAAACACGAACUUCAGCUAAGCCUGCUGGCGGGCACAAACAAGCGGCAAGGAAAACUACGCCAACUCAUUCGAAGGCGCAAGUGUCAACAACUGCAGCAGCACGAAAGGCUACACCCGAACCACCAGCCAAUGUGAUUGACAUUGAAUCAUCACCAGAGGCAAAACCUCAAAGAGCAGCCAACAAAAAUUCAGAACGGAGACCAAAAGUUGCGGCCAACGUACCAACGGUAGAACUACCGCGGACUACGUCACCUCCUAAACCGCCAGAACGGCGAACUGAAUUACGUAUCAAAUCCAGACAGAGGCGAGGCCUGCUGAUGAUAUCUGAGCGACGACAGGGGUUUCAAAGACAGCCCGCUUCUGCUACGGCAACCUCGAACAUGCGAACCGUUGAGACUGCACCAGACAAUGGUGCGGAGGAAUCGACAUCUCCGGAGGUGCGAGUGCAACGGAACGACGAAGAGCCACCUCGUCACGAAUCCGAAGAACCUGACGAGGAACAAACCAUCACGGCUACGCCUGAACCAAGUCCUCCGAGACGUAAUGAUGCUUCCGAAGUUGUUUCAGAGAGUGAAUCUGAUGUACCCCGUGCAAAGUUAAACCAAAACAAAAAGUUAAUUGAGGAGGCAGAAACAUCGUCAAAUUCCGACGAGGAAGUCAAGCCCUCACGAAAAAGGCAAAGGAUAGCUCCAAAAAGAUCGACGAGUCGACAACUCCCCAGCGAAUCCGAGUCAACUGAGUCGUCGCCAAGGCAGGUGAGAAGGAAGACAAAGGCGACGUUGAGAAAUGAACCAGAUUUGAGUGCCGACGAGGAUACACGAGCCCAUGCGCCCCAAAGGUACAGCCGCCAAACCGAGAUUCAACAGUCCGAAUCCCCUGAAGUUGACUCUUCCAGUGACGAGGAUUCAGAUCAACCACCGCCUCGGCAAAUGAGACGAACUAGAACUAAACGCGAAUCAGUUCCUCCUGCAGCGGAGAAGACGGAUGAACCCAAAGGGCCACGCAUCACGAGAAUGGCACGAAAAAGUGUGAAAUGCAAAGAGAUCUUUGGCUUCAUACCUCCAGUUAGUGAGCUAGAUCUCGUUCCUGCUGCAUUUGCGAUGGCAACCGAGCGCAUUGGGACUGUGGGCCGACCGCCUAGUGCUCCGAACCGACUACCAGGAAUAACGGUAACGAGAAGGCCUGAGCUUGUCACGUCGGUGGUUCAAGCUCCCCCAAGACCAGCUGAGAACAAAAAUGUUGAAGUGGGCGGCGAUUUGUCCUCAGAGAGCGGUGUUCGCGAGAAGUCGAGUUCAGACCCUCCACUUAAAGAGACUAUUCAUGAAGAUUCGACGAUAGUGAAUCCGGAGCCAGAGCUAUUAGGCAAAACGGAAUUGAUUGUGGCAGAACCGGUUCGAGAAGCGUCUCCCCUUGAACGGAAUACCGCUACGGAUCAGGUAAUUACUUCAAAGCCCACCAUAAUCAACCCGGCGACACGUGGGAAAAAAGCAGCGCGAAAGCAAGAUGCAGCCGGCCAAGCACCCCAAACUAUUGUCCCAUUCGAGGCGCCGGGCCAGGUACGACCACCCAGAGAGAAGCAAGCUUUACCGAAGAAGAUGGACCAGAAUUUACCGGGUUUCACGAGCGCGAACGGCGGGGCAUGGAGUAAGCACGCAGAAGAUUUGCUUGGUAUGACACGGCCUACGGGAAAGAAGAGCUAUAGAUGA